AAAAAUUCCUGCAAGAAGAAAAGGAAGAAGAAGUGACGGGGGGAAAAUGCUUCGAGUGUUGUGUGAUUCGUGAGGAAAAUUGAAAUAAUUAAUUUAGUGCUGAUUGGUUUCGGAAUCCCCUCCGACGGGUCAUCAAUCAAAGGUUGUUUCGGCUAGACACCACCAGGGUGACGCUUUAUGAGCGCGAUAGCAGGUUCCAGCAGAGACCUUCCACCGCCACCGCCACCUUCCAGAUCGUCCGGACGACCAGUUGCCAGGGUGUGACGACCAGCAACGACAGCCGGAAUGGUGGUCCUAAGAGAGCCGGUGGUGGUCAUACUGACGGUGGCCGUGGCCAUCCUAACCCAGGUCCAGGCCCUGCUUCCGGCCGGUGGUGGCCAGAACGUGACCCUUGCGGCGUCCGGAGCGAAUUUAAUUUCAACAAAUGAUGUUGAUUAUGUUAAUGCAAAUAAUGCCGAUGCUGAUGAUGAUGAUGAUGAUAAUGUGUCCAAUAAUUAUAAUUCGAGCGUCACCGCGGACGCCAUAAUUAAUAGUAGUGCUACCGGGAGAACCAGAACCGGUGUCAGUGGUGGCCCCAGAACCAGAAGCCGGAACCGGCCGGAAGCGAUCUACCUGAACGAGUUUGCCGUGUACAUACCGACGGGUGCGGAUGUCGCCGAUAUCAUCGCCGAUAAAUAUGGCUUCGCCAAUUUGGGACAGAUCGGUCCCCUCAAAGGAUAUUAUUUAUUUCACCACAGCCACGUCAGGAAGCGGUCGCUCGACAGAAGCGAAGUUCACCACAACGCACUCAACACCGAGCCGGAGGUGCGAUGGAUGCAGCAGCAGCACGAGAAGAUUCGUAAAAAGCGCGACUACUCCACCUUCGACCAGGACUUUGUCCGGUUUCCGGACCCACGUUCGAUUGCCCCCGGCAGCCAGCGGGUCAACUAUCGGGACACGGGCUCGCACAACAUCUUCCCCGAUCCGCUCUUCAAGGAGCAGUGGUACCUGGUGAGUAGAAACGGUGGCGCCAAGGACGGUCUGGACAUGAACGUGGGCCCCGCUUGGCAGAAGGGCUACACCGGCAAGGGCGUCGUCGUGUCCAUCCUCGACGACGGCAUCCAGCGGAACCACCCGGAUCUGCAGCAGAACUACGACCCCGACGCGUCGUACGACAUCAACGGCAACGACUCGGACCCGAUGCCGCGGGACAACGGCGACAACAAGCACGGGACGCGCUGUGCCGGCGAGGUGGCCGCGGUGGCCUUCAACAAUUACUGCGGCGUCGGGGUGGCGUACAACGCCAGCAUCGGAGGAGUCCGCAUGCUGGACGGCACGGUGAACGACGCCGUCGAAGCGAAAGCCCUCGGCCUCAACCCGGACCACAUUCACAUCUACAGCGCCUCGUGGGGUCCCGAGGACGAUGGUUCCACGGUGGACGGACCGGGCCCGCUAGCGCGACGCGCCUUCAUCUUCGGCGUAACGAGCGGCCGCCAGGGCAAGGGAUCGAUCUUCAUCUGGGCGUCCGGCAACGGUGGCCGGUACACGGACAGCUGCAACUGCGACGGCUACACCAACUCGAUCUUUACGCUGUCGAUCUCGAGCGCGACCCAGGGCGGCUACAAACCGUGGUACCUGGAGGAGUGCUCGUCGACGCUCGCCACGACGUACAGCUCGGGAACGCCCGGCCACGACAAGAGCGUGGCGACCGUCGAUAUGGACGGGUCACUGCGACCGGAUCGCAUCUGUACGGUUGAGCAUACUGGGACGUCCGCGUCGGCUCCGUUGGCGGCUGGAAUCUCUGCGCUAGCGCUGGAGGCGAAUCCGUCGCUGACGUGGCGUGACAUGCAAUAUCUGGUGGUGCUGACCUCGCGACCGGAGCCACUCGAGAAGGAAUCUGGCUGGAUUCUGAACGGUGUCAAGAGGAAAGUGAGCCACAAGUUCGGGUAUGGGUUGAUGGACGCUGGAUCGAUGGUGAGUUUGGCUGAACAGUGGACUAGUGUGCCACCGCAGCACAUUUGCAAGUCACGCGAGAUCAACGAAGAUCGACCGAUCGAGGGGUCGGUUGGGUACACGCUGCAGACGCAUAUGGAUGUCAAUGGGUGCGCUGGAACUGUGAACGAAGUCCGCUUUUUGGAGCACGUUCAGUGCAAGAUAACGCUGAGGUUCUUCCCGCGUGGUAACCUCCGGAUCCUUUUGACUUCCCCCAUGGGAACCACCAGUACGUUGCUCUUCGAGCGACCUCGUGACGUAACCAAGUCCAACUUUGACGAUUGGCCCUUCCUGAGCGUUCACUUCUGGGGUGAGAAAGCCGAGGGCCGCUGGACGCUGCAGAUCCUCAACGGAGGUCACCGCCGGGUCAGCCAGCCCGGCAUCCUGUCCAAGUGGCAGCUCAUCUUCUACGGAACCGAUCAGAACCCGAUCCGGUUGAAGAGCGACGGUCAGCGCAGCUCCGGUGCGUACUCCAACCUGAACCCGUUCGUAUUUCCCACCGAAACCGACAUCAACCAGCCGUCGCUGAACGGCGGCAACUACUACCAGUCCCAGGAUCUGUACUCCAACUCGAUGAACUACCCGUACCUGUUCGCCGGAGCCGGCAGCAGCAUCGACAAAAGCGUGACCACCCUGAACGGACACAACAUCCCGACGGCACAGCGCGAGAACGUGAUGGCCGACUCGAACAACAAGCUGGUGGUCCUGCACGACUGUGACCCCGAGUGUGACCAGCAGGGCUGCUACGGCAAGGGACCGACGCAGUGUGUCGCCUGCAAGCACUACCGGCUAGACAACACCUGCGUGAGCCGGUGUCCGCCCCGCAGCUUCCCCAACCAGGGUGGCGUCUGCUGGCCCUGCCACGAGUCGUGCGAGACCUGUGCCGGCGCCGGCCAGGACAGCUGUCUGACCUGUGCCCCGGCGCACCUGUACGUGACCGACCUGGCCGUCUGCCUGCAGAUCUGCCCGGACGGGUACUUUGAGAAUUACGACAACCGGACGUGCGUGCCCUGUGAGGCCAAUUGUGCCUCCUGUCAGGACCGGCCCGACUACUGCACCAGCUGUGAUCACCAUUUAGUUAUGCAUGAGCACAAGUGCUACUCGGCCUGCCCCAAGAACACCUACGAGACGGAGGACUACAACUGCGCCGACUGCCACUCGUCCUGCAUGACCUGCAACGGGUCGUCCGAGUCGCAGUGCAUCCUGUGCCGGGCGGGCCGGUUCGCGCACGAGGGCCGCUGCCUGAACGCCUGCCCGGACGGGUUCUUCGGCGACAAGAAGCGCCACGAGUGCAUGGCCUGCCCGAUCGGGUGUGCGACCUGCAGCAGCGGCUCGAUCUGCACCGGCUGCCACUCCAACUGGACGCUGAACAAGAAGGCCCGCUGCAUCGCCAACGGCAGCAACAACUGCGAUGAAUCGGAGUACUACGAAAACGGCCACUGCCACACGUGCCACUCCACGUGCGAGACGUGCACCGGUCCGACCGAGCACGAGUGCCUCAAGUGUGCGUCGCCGCUGCUGCUCCAGCACCAGCGCUGCGUCAACGAGUGCGACGAGGGCUACUACAUGGAGGUGGGCGCCUGUGCCAAGUGUCUGCACACGUGCACCCAGUGCGUGUCCCGGAUGAACUGCACCGCCUGCCAGAAGGGCCUGCAGCUGCAGAGUGGCGAGUGCCGGACGACCUGCGCCGAUGGCUACUACAGCGACCGGGGAACCUGCGCCAAGUGCUACCUGAGCUGUAACACGUGCAGCGGACCGCGCCGGGACCAGUGCGUCAAGUGUCCGGAGGGUUGGCAGCUGGCCGGUGGCGAAUGCCAUCCGGAGUGCCCAGAAGGCUUCUUCAAGACCAAGUUCGGGUGUCAAAAGUGCCACCACUACUGCAAGACCUGUAACGCUGCCGGUCCGCUGGCCUGCACCUCGUGCCCGUCCCACUUUAUGCUGGACGGGGGCCUCUGCAUGGAGUGUCUGGGGUCGCAGUUUUACGACCCGCCCACGCAGACCUGCAAGACGUGCCACGAGAGCUGCCGGUCGUGCAGCGGCCCCGGCCAGUACUCGUGCGUGACCUGUGCGUUCCCGCUGCACCUGGACCGGCUGAACAACCAGUGUGUGCCUUGCUGCGCCAGCGAUGCCUCGCCCGAGGACCAGAGCUGCUGCCACUGCGACAAGGGAACCGGAGGCUGCAUCAACUCGUCCCCGGCCGGCAAGCGCCGCGUCGGCGCCGAACAGCAGCUGCUCCAGUUCGGGGACGAAGCGGCAGCGGCCGCCGCAGCAUCCGGCACCAACGUCGGCGAUCUCGGUUCCGGCCAGCUGGCCUCGCUCCGGCAGGUUCUGCUGGGUGCUUCGCCGACCGCCAUCACCGUGAUAGCCAUCUCGGGCUGUCUGCUCGUUGUGACCGUGUUCGUCGUGAUCUUCAGCGUGCUGCAGAAACGCACCCGGACCGUGUUCACCGGCGUCAAGUACAACAAGCUGGCCACCGGUGGCACCUCCCGGACCACCCGGAUAUCGAUGGCCAACGGUGAGGAUGAUUCAUUGCAACCAAUUGUAAAUAAUUCUGAGGAAGAAGAGGAGGAUGAGGAGGAAGAGGACGAGGAUGAUGGACUGGACCGGAACCAGGAGGAUGACCACGAAAUCCUCGACGGUGGCAGCAGCAGCCGGAGACAGCAGCGGUCCGGUCACGGGCGAGGGAAGCAGCCACCGCCAGCGACGAAGACGACGAGGUUCGCCAGGACCUGAAGUGCAACUACACCCAAAAAAAGAGGAAAGAGAGAGAAAACAGGAAAAAAGGGGAAAAGGGGGAGUUGGGUGGUAAAUGUGUGCUAUAAUAGGCGAUAACAAAUUAUUAUAAAUAUUUACUUAAGUGCGAGCGAAGGACGGAUAUGAGAAAGUGAGGGUGAAGGGAUGUUUUUAAAAUGAACAAAAAAAAAUGAUGAAAAAAUGGCGAUUCUACUAAAAGUGGAAUCGAUCGUUUUCCCUUUGAACAAAUAAAAAAACGAAUAAGGAUGAAAAAAGGACAAACUAGGCAGCGUAACAUAUUCUCUGCUUGGUUGAGUGGGAUAGCUUGAAUAUGAGAGUGAACGAGGACGUGUAAAGAGGUUGGUGUGAUAUGAAGAAUCUUUUCGGUUUUUAAAUAAAACAAAAACAACGUUCUGUUAUUUUUAUACACUAUUACAAUUAUACACAUAACUAUAUGAAAAGAAGAAAGAAGAAGAAAG